CAUAAAGUUUUCACUAUUGAUAAUCUCAGGAACAAAACCAAGUGCGAAAAACACUUUUUCGCUCAGAAGGUUGAAGCUCUCAAAUACCAUCCGAAAGUCAGAAUGCUUGCGACCAGUCUAACUAAGAUAAAACCGGCGAUGCAGUUCAAGUUUUCUAUUCAACCGAUCAUUAAUAUUCUCUAUAUCUUCCAUGGAAUUAUUCUCCCACCAUGUUUCUGUUGCACAGACGAUGAUUGUCGAAACAUCAUUUUCAAGCAUCCAAUACCAAACAUGACCAUGAAAAAUCACGCGAUCAAAAGUGUAGACGUGCCCAACGAAGGAAGUUGCAGAGUAAUGUGUUAUAUGGAGCCUAACUGUGUGUCCAUCAAUAUUGGACCUGUUGCAGGAGGAAACCAAAAAUGCGAGUUGAAUAACGCCACAGAGGAAAACCAUGCUCCAUUUCUUCUCGUGAAAAAUCCGGGUUACACAUAUCUUGCAAUCGAGAAUUCAUGCAGCAGCAGCCCAUGCUUAAACAAUGGCACCUGUCAAGCUGGAUUCACCAAUAAAGGAUUUCGUUGUGUCUGUCAGGAAAAAUUCACAGGAGAAACCUGCCAAGCUGAAGCUGUCAAAAGAAACUGCGCAGAAAUCUACAAAUCAGCGGGUAAACCAGCUGACGGUGUCUACGCCAUUAAACCUGAUAAUUUGCCUGCCUUUGAUGUAUUCUGUGACCAAACAACGGACGGUGGAGGAUGGACUGUGUUCCAGAAGAGACUGGACGGCUCGGUUGAUUUCUACCGCUACUGGAACGACUACAAAUGUGGCUUUGGUGACCUGUGUGGUGAGUUUUGGCUCGGACUGGACAAAAUUCACCGCUUGACCUCCGAUAAUAAUAACACGCUGCGUGUGGAUUUGGAAGACUUUGAAGGAAACACAGCUUAUGCUGAGUAUAACUUGUUUGGUGUUAUGAGUGAGAAAGACAAGUACAAGCUGAUCCUUGGUUCUUAUUCAGGAAAUUCUGAUGACUCUCUUGCUUACCAUCGCGGUAUGCCAUUCACCACCAGAGAUCAAGAUAAUGACAAUCAAGGGGGUUACAACUGCGCCAUAAACUACAAAGGAGCCUGGUGGUACAAGAGGUGUCACCGCUCAAAUCUCAAUGGCUUGUAUCUUCGUGGCAAUCACUUCACCUCUGCCAAUGGAGUGAACUGGAAAGACUGGAAGGGUUAUAAAUACUCCCUCAAGAGAACCGAGAUGAAAAUAAGACCAGUCGAUUUCUGA